GUGAGAACUGGGACGCCUAUUUCCUGCUUCCAUUCCCCAACUACGCAACACACGUCUCCACAGCUCCUGCGAUUGAUUCAGCAUUCAAUCAUGUCUUCAGACGCGACGGACCAGAAGCCCGUCAUCAUUGUCGGCGGCGGCCUGGCUGGUCUGGUGGCGGCCUUUGAGCUCGGCGUCCAGCGCGGCAUCCCCACCAUCAUCGUCGACCAGGAAAAUGAGGCCAAUCUCGGCGGCCAGGCCUUUUGGUCGCUGGGCGGCUUGUUCAUCGUCGACAGCGCCCAGCAGCGACGCACCGGCAUCAAAGACUCGCGCGAGCUGGCCAUGCGCGAUUGGUUCGGGAGCGCGCAGUUUGAUCGCGCCGACGGUGAGGACCACUGGCCGAUCAAGUGGGCCGAGGCCUUUGUGAACUUUGCCGCCUCCAAAGACGGAGAGGAAGGCAUGGAGGGCUACGUCAAGGCCAGAGGAUUGGGCUUCCUGUUCAAUGUCGGCUGGGCCGAGAGAGGAGACGGAAGAGCUGAUGGCCACGGCAAUUCGGUGCCGAGGUUCCAUGUCUCAUGGGGAGCGGGGCCGGAGGUUGUGAGGAUCUUCCGGGACCCCGUUCUCAAGGCUGCGGAGAAGGGAACCAUAACAUUCAGGUUUCGCCACGCGGUAGAUGAGAUCAUUGUCGACGAGAAGGGAAGAGCAGUUGGAGUGCGUGGACGUGUGUUGGAAGAGGAUAAGCAAGCUAGGGGAGUCAAAACAUCGCGCGUCGAGGCCGACAAGUUUGAGCUAUACGGGUCGGCAGUCUUGGUCUCAUCCGGUGGAAUUGGCGGAAAUGUCGAGGCCGUAAAGGCAGCAUGGCCCGUCGACCGACUAGGACCCAAGGUGCCUGAGACCUUCGUCGUCGGCGUCCCGGCGCAUGUCGACGGGCGCAUGAUUGGAAUCACUGAGGCCGUUGGUGCAAAUGUCAUCAACCGCGACCGGAUGUGGCAUUACGUCGAGGGCCUUCGCAACUGGGACUCAAUCUGGCCCGACCACGGCAUUCGCAUUCUCCCUGCGCCGUCAUCUCUCUGGCUGGAUGCCACCGGCAAGCGUCUACCGCCCUAUCUGUUCCCGGGCACAGACACGCUCGGAACGCUGAAGGCCAUUUGCAGCACUGGAUACGACUACUCGUGGUUCAUCCUCGACCAAACCAUCGUCGCGCGUGAAUUCGCUCUGUCCGGCUCGGAGCAGAACCCCGAUCUGUCCAACAAGAGCAUCAUCCAGUUCCUCCUCCAGCGCGUGUUUGGCAAGAAGGGAACGAUACCGGUGCAGAACUUCCAGAAGCAUGGCGAGGACUUCAUCGUCCGCGACACGCUCGAAGAGCUCGUGAAGGGAAUGAACGAGCUGGCCAAGGGACGCGGCCCUGAGCUAGAUUUCGACGAUAUCAAGGAAACCGUCGAAACUCGAGAUGGCCAGAUGGACAAUCCCUACUCCAAGGACGCCCAAGCAAUGCUCAUAAACAACGCCAGAUUGUACUGGCCGGAUGGGAGAAGUCGCGUUGCACCCCCGCACAAGUUAUUAGAUCCGGCACACGGCCCGCUGAUCGCAGUCCGGCUGAACCUGCUGACGCGCAAGACGCUGGGCGGCAUCGAGACCAACUUGAGUAGCAAUGUCAUGAAGGCGGAUGGGUCGGAAUUCCCGGGACUAUAUGCGGCCGGCGAGGCUGCUGGCUUUGGCGGAGGCGGUGUUCACGGGUAUAACUCGCUCGAAGGAACGUUCCUGGGAGGUUGCAUCUUUUCAGGCAGAGCUGCCGGAAGAGGCAUUGCAGAAGAGUUGCUUGGUCAUGCGGGAGAGCCCGCACCAGUGACGCGAUCGCUCCUUUGAUGGGUUCUCAUCCAUUCUCUAUCCAGCCUCAACAUGUAGGUUUGAACGGGGCAAGCCGAACAGCACGCCUGGCCAGUAUAUAAUGAUUCCCUUUCUAGAUCUAGUCAUCAAUAAAUUUCACGUUAACCUCUGG